AUGGAACCUAGCAAUAAGUCUGAAUACCUCCAAAACAUAAUAGAAGGGAUUGAUCUGACUGAAAACCUCAAAAUCAGAGCUGUUGAGACAGAAAUAGAAGCUCACAAAUACACCAUGGAAAAGAUAAUUUCUGAACAAUGAACCGUUGCUGAAGAACCCAGGGACCUCAAUAUCGAAAUAAGAAAACUUCAAUUGUCAGAUUUAAAGCACACAUGGGAAGACAGCGCCAAGGUCUUGCAAGCGAAGCAUGAUAAAUGGGGUAAGAAAGAAUUCCACGAGAAACUUGAGAACAUAACCCAUAAUUACAACUAUCUCAUGGAAGAAAUCUCUUCUGAAGAAUAUGAGGCCCAUUUGGAGAUGAUCCAAAAAGUAGCCGGUUAUGAGGAAAAAAUAGAGACCUUAAUAGAGAUAUUUGAGAAGAACAAAGAGCGUGAAGAAUACCUCAAGAACUUGCCAAAACCAAAGUCCUUCCUCUCAAAGAUCGCCAAAAGGAAUAAAUAAACUUGACCAGAAAGUUUAUAAAACUAAUGAACAAAUUAUUGAAGAGAAAAGGAAGAAAAGACUGGAACUAGAAAAAGAACAGAGGCUCAAAGCGAUAGAAGAACAUAAAGAGAAAAAGGAACAGCAGAAGAAAGAAAAAGAAGAAUUCGAGCAGGCAAUGGCUAAAUCAAGCAGGAAUAUAGUCCCUUUGUAUAAAAAGUUAGAGAAAAGGUUCAAACAAAAAGUUCUAAUGCCAGAGUUGGAGAAGAAGAAAGAGAAGCUCCAGACGCUUAGGAAUAUGCAUAAACCUGUAGACUAUGAACAGCUGAGAGAACAUGCUAGGAGUUAUAGUCAGAAGAGAGCUGAAACUUUGGAGAAACAUAGAGAGGAGCGAGAGAAAAAGAUCCUUGAGAAUCUCCAAAACCAACAAAAUCUAAAAAUACACAAACACAAAUCUAUGUUUAUGUUAAAUGUGUUGGAGCAAGAGCAGCAAGAAAAAGAGUCAGAUUUAAUAAAAUCAGCUGAACUACAUAACCUCUAUGAUAAGAGAAAGAAUUAUGGUGAGCUUGUGAAACAGAUGUACAAGCCAGAAAUCUCUAGAAAGAAGCAGAUUGAAAUGAAAAUUCAAAAGGCUAAGUUAAAGCACAUUCCUAAAGCAAAUACCAUUGAAUCAUUGCAUUCUGAAGGAAGGAGGUUAUCUCCAACUUCCUCUGGAAGACUCAACAGUCCGAAUGCUAGUGUUGGAAAAUCAGAAUAUAGAAACUAUUUUAGCGAGAAUAGCACUCUCAAACCUAUUAGAAGGUGGAAAGAGAAUGAAAUGAAACCAAUGACUAAGCCAAAACUAGCCCCAAUCGUCACUGACUACCUCCUCGAAAAGAGAAAGAUCAGAGAGGAAAAAUCAACAUUUGAGGAGGACUAUGGAGAAAAGAAGAAAAAGCCAAUAGAGUGGAAAUCACUAGUUGAAAAAAUGAGCCAAAAAGAAAAAAUUGAAUAUUUGAAAGUCAAAGCCCAGCAAAUAGAAGAGAAAGCACAUUUGCAAGACGAAAAGAAUACUAUCGAAUUUGAUGCGAAAGCUCAAGCUGAAACAGAUGAUAUGCUGAUAGAUGCUCUCAAAGCAAGAAUUACAGCGCUGGAAGAUGUGACUGGCUCAUAGCUAAUUUCUAUCUUAUGGUAGAAUAGCAUUAUUUAAUUUAUCA